CGUUCUAUUAUCUACAACUGGCUGUUAACGCCGCGAGUCGCUAUCAAACCUCCAACCUAGCUUAUCUCGGACGCAGUAUCUCCAUUUCGUUGCCGCUUUUCAGAUACGGCGGUCAUAAUGGCCAAUGACACUUAUCAUGCACAUUAUGAUAUUCACCAGAAUUGGCGUAUAAAAUGCCGCUAUAGACCCUCUCUUCGAUGCCAAUGUAACCAGCGGGGUAAGCUACCGUUACUAUGACAGAGAAAGUGAACAUUAAGGACACCGUUGUCGACGCCAACGAUCCUGAAAAGGAUGUUGCCAAGGGAGACUGUGAGCUCUUAGGAGCGGACGAGGAUGUUGGCUAUCACCGGUCGCUCGGUAGUCGUCAGAUUAUGAUGAUGACCUUUGGUGCUGGCGUGGGAACUGGCUUAUGGGUCGGUACAGGAACUGCAUUGAAAUAUGCUGGCCCUGGUGGCAUCGCCGUUGCAUACACCAUCACUGCAUUUGUAGUGUACCUACAGUAUACCUCCAUCGGAGAAAUGACGACCUUUAAGCCGGUCCAUGGUGGAUUUAUCAGACAAUGCAUCGAGUACGUGGAACCCGCAUUUGGGUUCGCGGUCGGAAUCAACUUCUGGUUCUCGUGGGUGAUCUGUAUUCCUGCCGAAAUAACUGCAGCUGUCUCUGUGCUUGAAUUCUGGCCAGCAACAGAGGUUGUCCCACUUGCAGCGUAUAUCACAAUCUUUCUGUUUGUCAUUGCCGCGGCGAAUUGUUUCGGUGUCCGGAUCUAUGGGCAUGUUGAGUACAUCAUGUCUUUUGUCAAGGUCCUGGCGAUAUUUGUCAUGAUUUUCUUCAUGUUCAUCAUGACAUCGGGUGGUAUCCCGGCCACACAUGGACCGAUCGAGUUUCGCUAUUGGCGCAAUCCCGGCGCAUUCAACAACGGCAUUAAAGGUAUUUCUAAGGCGUUUGUCCAAGCGCUGUUCAGCUUCGGUGGCGGAGAGCAUAUCGCGGUCAUUGCUGGAGAAGCGAAGGACCCCCGCCGAACCAUUAAGAGAACCGUAUACCCAGUGUUCUGGCGCAUGUUUUCGUUCUUCGUGGUAAAUGUUUGGCUUGUGGGUAUGUGCGUUCCUUAUGACGACGACAACCUCAUCAAUGGAAGUGGCACAUUAGGAAGCCCCUUUGUCAUUGCCAUCGAGCGUGCAGGCGUGAUGUGGCUAGCACACAUCAUAAACGGCUUCAUAUUCCUGACAGUGAUCAGCUGUGGCAUUACCAGUGCCUAUAUCGCUAGCCGUAGUCUUGCAGCCUUGUCCGACAUGGCCAUUCUGCAUCCCUUCUUCGGCCGCAAGGACACUGUCGGGAGGCCCUACGUCUCUCUAGCCCUCAGCCUUACUAUAGGAGGGGCUUUAUGCUAUCUCAAUUGUAACGACACCGGAGCUACCGUCUAUGGCUGGUUUUCAUCUCUGGUAUCUGUAUCCGCCUUAUUCCAAUGGUCCGGCAUCUUCAUCUCUCAUAUUCGAUUUCGACAGGGUCUUGCUGCGCAGGGCAUCGAUAAGAAGACAUUGCCUUUCCGAGACCGAACAGCACCCUACGCCCAGUUUGUUGGUCUCGUUGUGGUCCUUUUUAUCGCAGGGUGCGAAUUCUACCUAGCGUGCUUCCCCUUCGGCGAGAAGGGAUCUGCAAAGAGCUGGUUUUCAUCCUACAUUGCGGCGCCUCUAUUCUUCUUUGAUUACUUCGGCUACAAGAUCUACUAUCGCUCCAAGCUGGUUCGUCCGUCAGAAAUGGACUUUUCGGCGGCGGCUGCUUUUGAUGAAGAAGAUCGGGCAAGGGCGGCUGUUGGUUAUGAGGCAGAUACCGGAACAGUGAGCAAGAUUGGGCAAUACAUCAAGAAUCUUAUUUUUGGCUAGGUAUGCGUUGCAAUAUCAGCAAGCUCCAGUUGGAUCCUGUGUUAAGAGGCGUGAAAGCCUGCCCAAUGCUGAAGAGGAUCAAAGCAAACUCUGGACAGUGCACAUCAGCUUUACGAAACGGGCAAAUUUGCUGAUUAUACACGCUCAUGACUCAGUAGUAGAUAUAGGAUCUCCAAAGAAUUGAUCUAUCCCAGUGGG